AUGAGUUCCAUUCUGGACGUCCGUAACCUCUACCAGAACCUGAUCAACCUCUUGCUGAGCGAAGAGCUGGACAUGCCCACCUCCGCCUUCUCCUGCGGCCGCUCGGCCUGAUCCUCCGAGGCGGCGCUGCUGGGCGGCGGGGCCUCAGCAGUGUGGUCGCUGCGCAGCCCCUGGAGGCCCAAGGGCGAGCAGCUGCAGCCCCAGCUGCGCCCGGACCGCUCGGUCAUCCUGAUUGAAGGCAAGGCGGCCCAGCCGCCUCCGCUGCCGGGCUUCCCGCCUCUCAAGCCGCCAGGCACACUGGCCUCGUCGUCCCGCUACAAGACGGAGCUGUGUCGCACCUUCAGCAAGAGCGACUGCUGCAAGUACGGCACCAAGUGCCAGUUCGCCUACAGCUCAUCCGAGCUGCGCUCCAUCAGCCGCCAUCCCAAGUAUAAGACGGAGCUGUGCCACAAGUUCUACCUGCACGGCGAGUGUCCCUACGGCUCCCGCUCCCACUUCAUCCACUUCCCUGAGGAGGCACAGGUCUUCGGCAGCCACAGGGGCACCUCCCCGCACCUCCUGCGCCAGAGCGUCAGUUUUUCCGGUGUGCCCAGCGCCAGCUGCACCUCCCCGCUGCUCGGCUUGCCCGACCCAGCCUCCUUCACCCGGGCACCUUCCGUCUCGCCCCCGCCCGCCUCCGCCGAGCUUCUCUCGCCCGCCUUCAAGCACCUCAACCUGGACCCGAUCACCCUGGUGGCCUCCUUCAGGGACUUGCUGGCGCCGACCCCUUAUGAUUGUGGUCCAUGUCCAGCCAACACAUCUGUCCAUGCUUUAAAUCGGGAGUAG